AUGGAAAGGUCACCCCUGGGGCGCUUUGUUCGCUUCAAUCGAAAGCUUGGUUCUGGCUCGUACAAGGUGGUCUUCCUGGGCUUCGACAACGACACAGGCAUGGAAGUUGCAUGGAAUAUCAUCUCAUUCCAGAACUUGGACAAGAAGGCAAAGAAGCGAAUUUCCGAAGAGAUCAAUAUGCUGAAGACUCUGAAGCACCCGAAGAUCAUUGCCUUCAUAAAUGCCUGGACGAACAAAGAGAAAGAACAGGUGUGUUUCAUUACAGAGCGGAUCACCGGCGGUUCUCUUUUGCAGUACAUCAAGAGGAUCAACGCACCAUUGAAACAGAAGGUUAUCAAGAACUGGUGCCGCCAGAUCCUGGAAGGUCUAGACUAUCUACACACCCGUCCAGACCCUGUUAUUCAUAGAGAUCUGAAAUGCGACAACAUCUUUAUCAAUGGAAACCGCGGAGACAUCGUAAUUGGAGAUUUGGGCCUCUCCACUACGCUCAAGGCAUCGUGUGCCAGGUCUAUUGUGGGUACCAUUGACUUCAUCGCACCAGAAAUCUAUGAUGAAAAGUAUGGCACCGCUGUAGAUAUCUACGCCUUUGGGAUGGUGUUGCUAGAGAUGAUUGGCCGAGAGCAACCCUGGAGUGAGUGUGAGACGCACGGUCAGGUGUACAAGAAGGUCAUGGCAGGAGAACGACCGCGGAACUUGCUGCGUGUCAAGGAUGAGCUCCUGCGGGGCAUUGUCAUGCAAUGUUCGCGGAUGAAACCCGAAGACCGGCCAAGCGCUGCGCAGCUCUUGGCGCACAGCUGGUUGAAAGAGGAUGAGAAUGCAGGAGGUCUAUGUGAACUCCUGGCUCCAGACGAAGCUCCUUCCACAGUACCUGACUUGGACAUCUUUCCCAAGCUGCAACUCGAGCAAAUUCCGGAAGAAGAUGAAGAGAUGGAGGCAACAGCUGAAGCUGCCAGCAAUCUGCCUGCAACACCAGAAGUUGCAAGUGCUUCUUCAUCUGCAGUUCCUUCAGUGCCGGCUGCCGCUGAAGCUGUCCCUGCGAUACCUUCGCUCAAUUCAGCAGCUUCGCUGCCUUCAGUAGAAGCCCCUGCUGCAUCACCAGAAGUUGCAAGUGCUUCUUCCUCUGCAGUUCUUUCAGUGCCGGCUGCCGCUGAAGCUGUCCCUGCGAUACCUUCGCUCAAUUCAGCAGCUUCGCUGCCUUCAGUAGAAGCCCCUGCGGCAACACCAGAAGUUGCAAGUGCUUCUUCAUCUGCAGUUCCUUCAGUGCCGGCUGCCGCUGAAGCUGUCCCUGCGAUACCUUCGCUCAAUUCAGCAGCUUCGCUGCCUUCAGCAGCGACAUGUGUCCGGAGAGACAGAACGAGCACCCGAGCGAGUACAGCAACGAGUUGA